GGAGAACGAGAGAGGAUCGUGUGUAACCGCAGAUGGUUUUUCCACUCUGGUUUUGGUGAAUGUAGCACCCCGGGGCGCAGCGGACCAAUUGUGUGAAUCUGCAGGGCUGCUCGGCGACACAAUCGGAGAGAUGCACAGGACGGACAACAGCCGCGGACGCGCUUUGAGAAGUGGAUAAUAAAGGCACAAAAGCGAAGCUUCCGCCGAGGAGCACAGCUGAGUACCACGGAGAGAGGAGAGCUAAGUGGUGAUGUACAAGUGAAAAUAAAAUCACAGUUAAAGCUCCUGGUCCUGUGUCAGACUCGUUUUCAGGGAGCUUGAGCGAGUUUGAAGACAGUACUUAAGGUUAUCAGAUAAUUAAUUAGACACCCCAUACUCCCGGAAAUCAAUUAAUUCACAAAUCAAUAAAUCUAUAGUCUGGUGUAACAAGAGACCUUCCAGACUGUUAGCCUGGCUGCUGAACAACAAUAACAAGAGAAGAGCAACAAACCAGAGAGAAAAAAUACAGUUUUAUUGGUUGAAGGAGAAGAUGGAUGGGAGUCUAGGGGAGAUGUCCCUCCACAGCCACCCUGAUCUGGUGCACAGCCAGGAUGGCAGGGCCAUGCUGCACUCACGGGACCUUUCAGCUGCUUUCCCCAGGCCUUCCCUUGGGGGCCCCACUGUGUCUCUGGAGCCAGAGCCCCGUCCACCGGGCUUUGACCAUUCCAUGUCAGCACUGGGGUACAGCGGCGACUCCCCGUCCAGCUCCGGCAGCACCUACACCACCCUGACUCCUCUGCAACCCUUUGAUGAUAAGUUCCACCACCACCAUCACCACCAUCCUUGCCUGCCUGUCAGCAACGUCAUUGGCAGCUUCACCCUCAUGCGUGAGGACAGAGGCCUUGGCACUAACUUCUACAACCCCUACAGCAAAGACCUGGCCAUGUCCCAAAGCCUGUCACCCCCUUCCACAGGUUCAGGCCUGACUUCCUCCAUGCAUGGCUAUGGCAGCCUUGGCAACAGUUCCAGUGGCAAUGGUGGCCAGAUGCUUCACAGCAGCUACGACAUCCAUGGGGGGAGCCUCUUCUGCAGGACAUCGGAUUUUGGCCGUGAGAUGUCACCACCAGUCCUAGGAGGCGGCGAUGUGUCAGUGGGGCAUCAGUUGAAUAAAAUGGAGGCUCACCAGCACACCACGGGCCACCACCCUCACAUCUACAGCCAGCACUAUCAGCCCCACCAUCACCCUGGCCAGCAGGCCUCCAAGAUAGGUGAACACCUGCACUCCUCAUCGUCUGCCUCAUCCUCACCCGGCGAGGGUAUGCUGCCAGGCUCACAGGGCAGUGGAGGCAACGCCGGGGAAGAGAUCAACACCAGGGAUGUGGCCCAGAGGAUCAUCACUGAACUGAAGAGGUACAGCAUCCCCCAGGCCAUCUUCGCUGAGAGGGUUCUGUGUAGGUCACAGGGCACGCUGUCUGACCUCCUCAGGAACCCCAAGCCCUGGGGCAAGCUCAAGUCAGGGCGCGAGACCUUUAAGAGGAUGUCCCGCUGGCUCCAAGAGCCUGAGUUUCAAAGAAUGGCCUCACUGCGACUGGAGGCCUGCAAGCGGAAGGAGCAGGAGCAGAGCAAGCUGGAGCGCAACCAGGGUCCAAAGCGCACCAGGCUGGUGUUCACGGACCUGCAGCGGCGCACGCUCAUGGCCAUCUUCAGGGAGAAUCACCGCCCGACCAAAGAGCUGCAGGUCACCAUCUCCCAGCAGCUGGGCCUGGAGCUCUCCACUGUCAGCAACUUCUUCAUGAACGCCCGCCGACGCAACCUCAACAAGUGGGCAGACGAGGGCCGUCCCUCCUCCACAGGUUCCUCAGGCUCCAGCGUUUCCUCCUCCGCAGUGUCCUGCAGCACGGCAUGAUGACAGGAGGCGUGGUGGGGGAGGGUGCUGAGGGAGCAAGGGGGCACAUAGACUGGUCUAGGCAGAGAUCAGCCGUAAUACAUGUCCUCCUCGUUAUCAGAAGGAGUGACGGAGCCAGCUAUUAUAGAUGAUUUUAUGAAGAUGAAGCAUUUUCUCAAACCAAAGUUGAUCGCUCCCUUGAAAUGGAAGGGGCGAUACCCAGAGUGAUAUGACUGCAGGAUGUGAGGUCCUGCUUGUAUAGUCAAGGGUGCAAAGAUGAUUUGACUCAAAGAAGAGUCACACCCUUACAUAGAAACCAUCUCAUUGCAUUAUUUUGAUUAUGUAGAUUAGAGAUAAUGAGGGUAUUACAAAUCAGGAGGAAGCAUAUUUUGGUGUACCUUCAAAUUUAUAGUCAUCUCUCCAAACGUGAAGAAUCAAGAGGUGCCAUUUGCUCACAUCUGGGGAGCUCCGUUGUGUAACUUCUUAAUCAAAAGUGUCCAUCCAAAGAUGUUAAUCCUCCCCCUGUGUUCUUAUGGUCUUAUUUUCCUCAAGAAUCAAGGUGAAAGAGGAAGAGGAGGCAUUUUUUUAACUUCUCUUUUUUUUUUGAAGAAUCAAAUUUCCCUUUCUUAGCAUUUGUUUCCAUGGUGAUGGUUCCCUGUACUGUAUGGCAUUGUUCCAAGUUUGGCGCCUGGGAUUAUCAGGAGGGUCUGUAUCGUCCGUGACUCCCAGCUCUCAAUCAUUUACCAACAACACCAUGUAUUUUGUGAAGAUCAGCCUGCCUUGAAUGAAUCAGAGUUCUCAAGGGGGAACCGCAGUGCAUCUUGCCGUACACCAGGACAGAAUCAAUAAACACAAGUAGGAGGUAGAAACAGACUGGUUGGAGCAAACGUCUAGCUUUAGGACUCUCACUGAGCUUCCAAAUGAAAGCUCCACAGCCAUUUUUGACGCAAAAUUAAGCCAAAAAAAAGAAAGAAAAGCUACCUUUGAACACAAAGGUUCUGUGGGGAAGAGGUACGCCUGACACAAUGUACAGUGACAUUGUAGUAUUUUUUUCACUCAUUUCCAAACAACUGUACACACCUCUGCUCCAUUACGAAAUCUUUUUUUUACAGAUGUCUAGAAAAUGGAGGAAUGUGAUUCUUUCAACCCUUUUUGUACAGAUUUCAAGCACAUCGCUCUAUUUAUAGAAACCUGUUGGAAGUGCGGGGCAGUUUGUUUUAGUCCUGCUGAUGUACAAGGUCAUUUUUUUGGUCCACAAGGGAAAGGUUUUAACACACCUCCUUGUAGCCACAUGCUUAAUCAAACCAAGAACGUUUCAACUGCAAUUGCUGAUCUGAUCAACGUAUUUACUGCAUUUGUGUAUUUAUGGUUUUCCAUUUUACUUUUCUCUCUCUCUAUUUAUUUGGUUAUUUAUUUAUGCUAUCGAUAUACUGUAAGUAUUUAUUUAACAACGCUCUGUAUGUCUGUGUGAAACUGAAGACUUUUUCUGAUGGGCACUUCUAGCUGUAGAUUCCCAUCGUAAUACCAAAGAUAAAUAUUGCCUCCCUGAAUGUACGGCCUGAAUUCCUAAACCCUGUAUCCGAUCCCAGCCCGAUCCAGCCCAGCCCACCCAGUGAUGUUAUCUCUCUCUAUCUUUAAGGCCUGGCCUUUGUUUUGUUUGUUUUUUUGGAAAAUAAUGGGGAUUUCUUUACUCUUGCAAAUGUCUCUGUGGUCGGCUCUUAACGCCAAGGCCAAAGCUUGUUUGAAUGUUGUGAUACUAGUUAUAAUUAAUAAUGCUAUGAAUAAGAACAAUAAUAAUAAUAAUGAUGAUGAUGAUGAUGUGGCAUCCCACAGGUUCACAGGUUGCUUAUAAAAUUGUGUUCCUACCAGUGAGUGUGCAAAGUGUCUGGGGACUCACUCAGUGCUCUGUUUGAGUGCACGAUUGAGUGCCAGUCCUUCAGGGUCACAUGCAAACAUGCGUACUGUGUGUCUGCCUGGACACAUGCAUAGUCGUGAAACCCGCCAACCUCCCUCACCUGCUCCCCUCCCCAGUGCAGACACUCCUGUCUGUGUCCAACUCAGUGUGUGAUCCCAUGUCCUCCCCAUGCCAAACUCUUCUGACAGUUUUCUCAGUUCCAACAAGGUUCUUCAGGAUCACUCCUGGAGCUGUUAGGGGUUCUUAGGUUUUGUUCUGUUCCUGAAGUUCUUAAGAUUUUAGGAUUCUUUUCUGGACCCUUGGUGUGCUUAAAGUGUGCUCCUCAUCUCCUGGGGAUCUUCAGUUUGGUUCCUGUUCCUGGGUUUUUUGUUUUUGGACUUCUGGGGUUGUUCUUUAACAUCUGGGGAUAAUGGGUUUAUGUGCCUCGGGUUCUGAAGGUCCUUGAAUUACUACUGGCCUCUAAGGGUCUUUGGGUUGCCUCCUGGCCUGCCGGAGUUUCUAGUUCAGUCCUUAGCUUCUUGGGAUGUCGGAUUUGGUGACGAAGCCAAUGAGUACUGAGAAUCUCUGAUUUUAUUGCAAGACUUUUACAGCUCACUGGGUUUGUCCUUGGGAAUUUAAAAGCCUUCAGGUUAAUUCUUGAUCACCUGUGCUUCUUGGAGUCUGUUCGAAGUCUAAAGGUCUUGGGGUUCCCUUUGCAACUUACACAAGUGAUUUGAUUUUCCAACAUUUUGCGAGAUGAAUGCCUAAAUCAGGAGGAACCCACUCAAGUUCUGAUUCACUGGCCCUUGUGUAUAUGCUGCCAAAGAAUGUUAAAGGCUAGCUUGGCCAUUUUCCAUCCUCAGUUUCACUCUCUGUCUCAUUCUCUCUAUCUUUAACAGUAGAAGGGGUGGAUUGCCAGGGCCCCCCUCCACAGCAUGCACUUGAAAGACGGGUGGUCAUGAAAGAGGCCAUCGACUUUUUCACAGACUUCAAAGGGGAGGCUUUUUUCAUCCCGUCUCCUCUCUGGGUAUCUGGUCUGGGGUCUGCUCUUGGCCAGACCUGUGGGCUUUAGGGGGCACUCAAGGGGGCGGGGGGAGAUCAGAGAGGAGGCUGAAUCAUCCAGAAUGGGAAUAGUGGUAGUGGUGUGUGUGUAGGAGAAGUGGGUGGGGGGUUGU